AUGGGAGCCGAGGCUGUGUUCUUAAGUCCACUUUCAUCAGUUCCUCUGGUAUCUCUUGUUGGUUUUGGACUGUAUGAGUUAGGGUUCCCUGGGAUGCUGCUCCUUGGUAAGAAGGUCAACAAUUUUAAAAUCCGAGACCUUUUCUGGUUGAAGAAACUUGGAAAUGUGGAUACGGAGUGCCAUAUGAAGAGGCAUUUUGACUUGCAGGUCCCCCAAAGCUCAUUUUGA